AAUCAUCCAGGUUCAUGAGUUUGUGGUGACGGUGACAAAGUGGCCACAGCGAGAGCGGAUACCCAAAGGAUCUAACUGACAGGAACCCUAAAGAAACACUGGAGAAAGGAGAGAGAAUAAAAAGAGGAGAACAAAGAUUAAAAGCCAUCAAGGGAUGACAUAGCCAAAGAAAUGAGGAUCCUACAGCUGAAUGAAUGUGUGAAAAUCUUGAGAUUUAACAAGCGUACCUAAGACAAGGGAUCUACCUGAUCAAACCAAAGUACUUCUAUACCAAAGAAACUUAAACCAAACAGAACAAAACCAAACUAUAGCUUGAAAGCCUAAAUCUAUCAUCUACAAUUUAUUCUAUAUUGUUAAGAUGAAGCUGGAAAGCACACCAGGAGACAUGAGCGGGUGGAGGGAGUUGGACUUUGUCCUCAACUGCACAUACAUUGUGCCAGACCAGGUGUCAGACCCCAGCUUCAGUCUGCCCAAAGCCAUGACCUCCAUUCCACGCAACCUCACCUUUGAAUACAGCACAGACAAUGAGGUGAUGGGCGUGUUCAGCAAAGAAUAUAUCCCUCAGGGUACUCGCUUUGGCCCUUUGCAAGGGGUCAUCUACACCAAAGACAACGUACCCAAACAUGCCAACAGGAAAUACUUCUGGAGGAUUUACAGCAGUGGGCAGCUUCAAAACUUCAUUGAUGGCUAUGACGUCCACAGGAGCAACUGGAUGCGUUACGUCAACCCGGCCCACGCUCUGGCUGAACAGAACCUGGUGGCUUGCCAGAACGGACGGGACAUCUACUUCUAUACCAUCCGACCCGUGGAGCCCAAUCAGGAGCUGCUGGUUUGGUACAGUCAGGAGUUUGCCCAGAGGCUCUGCAGCCAGGAGGUCGACAUCAAACAGAAAUACAUGAGUUCUGAUGAAGACCACGAGUCGGAGUACACCAAACAGCACCUACCUCAGCAGACAUGGCUUAAAGAAAGCACAAAAGAACAGGUGAAAGAAGAGAAGGAUGAUGAUGGAGAGGAGAAUAUCGAUGUAGAGAUGUUAGAAAGAGACACUCCGCCUGACACACCCGACAACCAGAUCAUGGACUUCAGCAGAAAGAUUGAGGAGAAGAGCACCGGAGAUCCAGAAGACCAGGAGAUCAUUCUGUCCCCUAAGCCCAAACACAAAGAGCCUAGCCUGGGCUUAAAUCACCCGUACUUAACACAUCCCCAUUCUGCACACUCAUCUCAGCACCGAAAUCUCCCUCUCCACCUCCACGGCCUCUACAGGGAAGGCGUUUCACCUUACCCCCUUUACCACCAAUCCAGAACCCUCCAGCCCAAUUACCCACUUCCUCCCUACGGUCAACACUAUCCUCGCCUCCUCCUUCCUUCAUAUUCCCCUCCCUUUCCUGGGAUGCUGCCUUCAAGAGGAUCGCUCCGAUACAGCAGCUUCCUGGGCACAGACAGACUCCCGUAUCCACCCAUCGGGACACCAAAUCUUCUGCCAGUGUCUCUCCCCUACUCUCCACCUUCACAGGGAGGUCUGAAAGAACUGAAACCAAAUGUGUCGCCACCACGAGGCGCCCCGGCCACCCCAGAGCUCUCCCCGAUCCCCAAGCCCGACAGUCAGCAUCAGUCUACUGAGCAGUCUCUCUCUGGUUGUGAAGAAGCUAUGAAUCUCAGCCUGGCUACGACCAAAAGCAACCCAGCGACACGCAACAGCCCUGGCCACAAAUCCCUGCCCUACCCACUGCAGAAACAGAAUGGAAAGAUCAAGUAUGAAUGUAAUAUCUGCUCUAAGACUUUUGGACAGCUGUCAAACCUCAAGGUCCAUCUCCGAGUGCACAGUGGUGAGAGACCGUUCCAUUGUAACCUAUGUAAAAAGAGCUUCACUCAGCUGGCCCACCUCCAGAAACAUCACCUAGUCCACACGGGGGAGAAGCCACAUGAAUGUCAAGUGUGUCACAAACGCUUCAGUAGCACCAGCAACUUGAAAACACACCUACGCCUCCACUCUGGGGAAAAGCCUUACCAGUGCAAGCUGUGUAGCACUAAGUUCACCCAGUACAUUCACCUUAAACUGCACCGUCGUCUCCACAGCAGCCGCGACCGGCCCUACCGCUGCCAGCUCUGCGCCCAGGCCUUCUUCCACCGCUUCUCCCUUCGCAUCCACCAGUGCAGCUGCUGCAUGGCUAACUCCAAUGCACCUGUCAACGUACACAUGAAACAGAUGGUGGAGCGGUUUGACGCCAGCCAAGAGGCUGACAUGCUUACAGAGGCGGCAUCAACACUGCAGGUGGAGGAAGCGAUAGAGCACUGGUUGGCUCGUACCUUGGAAGGCGAGGGGAAGAAGGACCAGAAGGAGGCCGCCAUACUGCUGAAAGCUCUGACUGCAGCUAUUAACGCACCUGCAAUGCCCAUGACCGCAUCAGCUAUAGCUACAUCACACCACAGCCCUCCACUGACCUAUCAGGAGAGGGCCAGCGUUGUCCAUCUCCACCAACGGCCAACAGUAAAGACAGAAGACAGUGAGAAGAAAGGGGGGGUAAUAUAAAAAGGACAUACAGCGUACCAUCAACCAAGAAACAAAUUGUAGCCAAAUAAAAGUCCCCUUUUUGUCCAUGAAGGGCACUAAAGGGGAUAUAAACUUUCAUAAUCCAAUGAGCACAGCACCAAAAGAAGAACAUUCCAAAGACUGGGCAAGGGUAGUGAGUGAUUGUACUUCCUCCCAAUUAAAAAAUGAAAAUGGAGGAUGAUAUUAAGCUGUGAAAUAUUAAAAAAAACUCUUUUCACUCAGGUAGAGAAGUGUUGCUUUUUGUUCUUUAACUUAUUACUAUUCUUUUUUUGAGUCAUCUAUAUUUAUUUAGUUGCAUCGUAAUCUGCUUUUUUUCUGUUAGUGUUUCUUUUAAUUAUGUGUUGACAUUUCCAAGAAGAUUUGAUCUCUUAGAAAAACCACAAAUUGACUCAGGAACAAUAAUGUGGUACAAACCUGUGAAUCAAUGUUCACUUGCUAUGUUGUGCUUUGUUUUACUAUGUAUGACAGUGUGUUUGAGCUUGUGGGUGCAUGAACGAGUGGAUGCAUAUGGGAACGACAGGGCACAGUGAUGGCACAAACCACCUUCCUGUUCUUUAACUGUUUCCAACUAUUUUAUUUAUUUAGGAUAGAAAAAAGGGAAAAAAAUCAGGUUUGUUGAAACUGUGUGUUAAUUACCAAUUGCCAAAAAUUACAAUCAAAGAACUUGAAUGUGUAGCACUGUUUUGGAUUAAUAUUCAACUAAUUCUAACAUUUAAAGGGAAAAAAUAGGUUCAGAAAAAGCAUUAUUCACCUUUUCUUUAUUUAUUAUUCAGCAACUU